AUGAAAUCUUUCACGCUUGUUGCCUUGCUCGGUUUCUUGAGCGUUGUAACCGCCGCAGCUAUCCCUGCACAACCCAAUUCGGAUAUCGCUAAGAGGCUAUGUGGCCAUGCUGGCGCCCCGUUGUGCAAGAUCGGUACGGUAGUACCAGCCGAUGACAACGUCACCCCGGAUGCCUGA